AUGCCUCGAGGAGCAGAACACGAGGACGGAAAGCCUCAGUCUGACAACGCGGUGGAGGCGGGUCAAGACAAGAUCCACGGAGGAGGAAAGACGACCGACGAAGUCGAAAUCAGUCACGCAAAGAAGACGGCACCUCUCCCUGAUUUGAGCGAGGUCAACGACCGUACCCUCAGCUUCGGAGCAGCACCCGGCCACCAAGAUGGCCAUGGCCACGAGGCACCAAGGACGCAGGGAGAGAGGACUGGAAUGGGUUCCAAAAACGAUCUCGGCAAGGCGGGUGAGCACCCAUUGGACAACCCCACGGAUGAGUCGGCCAUUCGUCGAUAG